AUUCUAUUCUUGUACAUAUUAUAUUUUUCCAACGCAUACGUCCAGCCAACCCGCCAAUCACUCAACAUGCGGCCCUUCCGAUUGUCGCAUCCCGCACGCAAGACGGCGGCUUUCCAGCAGGUCCGGCAUUUCCACCCAACCCGUCCAGCUCCCUUCAUCAACGAAGCCCUCGAACUCUCCUCCGCCUUCCUCCAUAAUGUCCACGCUAUUUCCGGUCUACCAUGGGCCGUCUCCAUCCCAUUGAGUGCUCUGAUCGUCCGAACAACCGUUGCUCUGCCGCUACAACUCUACAGCAAGAUGCAAGCGAAACGAGAACGGGAUGCGAUACCACUUCUCCACGCGUGGAACCGAUGCUUUAAAGAGAAUUUGCAGAAAUCAGAGGACUACACCCGCGAGGAUCGCCUAUUGCUCGCCAAAAUGGACCCUACAAGGGCCCAAAAGCAACAACUCAUGAAGCAAUUCCUGGAAAGGAAACGAAUCGUACACCGUCGCCUGGGCGUUCCCCGGUUCUGGAAGCCGCUGAACUUCCUCCAACUACCCAUCUGGAUCUCCAUCAUGGAGAGUCUCCGCGCCAUGUCCGGCAAUGAUCGUGGUUUAGUGCCCUGGCUCCUAUCGCGCCUUGAGCCCGAGUCCGCGGAUCCCUCAUCUGCCCUGCAUCUUGCGGUCGAGCCCUCACUCGCCAAUGAGGGUGCCCUUUGGUUCCCCGAUCUUCUGGCCGGAGAUCCUACCGGUAUCCUGCCUUUGGCACUAACACUAUCUAUCCUGCUGAAUAUCCGAAUGGGUUGGAAGGCCCAGCCUCUGAAGAACCUGGCCGAUCUGCCCAAGGUAGAGAUGUACAAGCAGCUUUCCUUGCGGGGAAUUCGGAUGUUUGUUCAGGUGCUGGCGUUAAAUGUGGGAUUGUCAUCAUAUGUGUCGGAGAUGCCUACCGCUUUGAUGAUCUACUGGCUCACCAGUACGAACGUUGCUACGUUGCAGACCUUACUCCUGGAUCGGGUGCUUUUCCCGGUCAAGCCCCUGCCUGUAUGGAAGAGGCACUACGUCAUGUACAAAACACCAAAAAGCCUGGCGCCUCCGGCCAAGAAGUCAUGAAUUCAGGCUAUGAAAAUGAUAUGCAGACACAUGAGAGUAUGUGAUACCAGGCUAUAGCCGACUGGAACGGAUCCAAAGGAUACGAAAGACAUGUCCGGUGAUGCUGGGGCUCUGCUCAGUCAUGAGUACUGAAACGCGCCUGAGGUAUUUUCGCUUUUGAAGGCCUCACUUGUUUGUGAGGGAAACGCGUUGCGCUUUCUUCGAUCAAAACUACCCGGGUGCAAUCAGUUAAUGGACAUACAUGUCCAUGAUUGAACACAUUGUGCCAUGGCCUGGCCUGACGGACCAGAG